UUAGUGGUGGUGAUGAAUGCUUACUAGUGACUGUGUCACAGUGUGUGCUGUUGAAACAUUGGGCCUCUAGGCCCAUAUCUAACACUUAAACGGCGUCGUAUCGAUGAACCAACACACAGAUCUGGGCCCAGGAUUCUACUGACGUAUUACGAACAUAGACAGAUCCGCUCGUCUUCUUCUUUUACUUUUUUUUUUUUCUCUCUGAAAUUGAUUUUUUUUUUUUGCCGUCUGCGUUAUCAAAAAUCUCGAAAAAACGUUGAAAGUCAAUCUUUUUGCAUCGCCGAAUUUGAACAACACUCCUCGUGUGUUUGACACUCUUGUGGGCACGAUACCUUCUGCUCCUUGUCCAUUUUGCCACCCAAAAUCCAAUUGGGAUCAGGUUUUCCCAAAGUUGAGCUAGCUUCUCUUAUGCUCGAUUCGUCGAGCAAAUUAAUACUAUAGAAGAAAAAAGUACAGAGCUUUAUUAAAGCAAAUUAGCAAUGGCUUCGAAUCUCGUGGAAAUGUUUAAUGCUGCUUUGAAUUGGGUUACUAUGAUUCUGGAGAGUCCUUCAGCUAGAGUUGUCUUGUUUGGUGUCCCAAUCCGAGGGCACUUCUUUGUGGAAGGGUUGUUGGGUGUUGUCAUUAUCAUUCUCCUCACUCGGAAGAGUUAUAAACCUCCCAAGCGACCAUUGACCGAGCAGGAAAUAGAUGAGUUGUGUGAUGAGUGGGUUCCUGAACCUCUUAUACCGCCAAUUACUGAAGACAUGAAGCAUGAGCCACCAGUUCUUGAAAGUGCUGCUGGACCGCAUACAACAGUUAAUGGAAAAGAUGUGGUGAAUUUUGCCUCAGCUAAUUAUCUUGGGCUCAUUGGCCACGAGAAGUUGCUGGAAUCAUGUACUUCUGCAUUAGAAAAAUAUGGGGUCGGUUCUUGUGGGCCUCGUGGAUUCUAUGGUACAAUUGAUGUCCACCUUGACUGCGAAACCAGAAUAUCCAAAUUUUUGGGUACUCCUGAUUCAAUCCUUUACUCUUAUGGACUUUCCACAAUGUUCAGCACAAUUCCUUGUUUCUGUAAGAAAGGCGAUGUCAUUGUUGCUGAUGAGGGUGUUCACUGGGGAAUACAAAAUGGACUUCAGCUUUCAAGAAGUACAAUUGUGUACUUCAAGCACAAUGACAUGGAAUCCCUUCGAAUUACCCUUGAGAAAAUCAUGACAAAGUACAAGCGCUCAAAGAACUUGAGGCGUUAUAUUGUAGCUGAAGCUGUAUAUCAAAAUUCAGGUCAAAUUGCGCCUCUGGAUGAGAUUGUAAAACUAAAAGAGAAGUAUCGGUUUCGUGUUAUAUUGGAUGAAAGCAACUCUUUUGGUGUGCUUGGCCGUUCUGGGAGAGGUCUUGCAGAGCAUCAUAGUGUCCCUAUUGAGAAGAUAGAUGUUGUGACUGCUGCAAUGGGCCAUGCAUUAGCCACAGAAGGUGGAUUUUGCACUGGGAAUGCCCGCAUCAUCGAUUACCAGGUAAACAUCGAUCAUGCUGAUUAACUAAUUACAAACAAAAUUAAAAAACUACCGAUAAUAGAAACUUUUCUCUGGGACGCUCAAAUGCACAGAGACUUAGCAGUUCAGGAUAUGUGUUCUCUGCUUCUUUACCACCAUACCUUGCAAGUGCUGCUAUCACCGCCAUUGAUGUCAUUGAUCAAAACCCUGAUAUGUUAGUUAAGCUGAAGCAAAAUGUUGCUCUGUUAUGGAAAGGAUUGUCAGAUAUCAAGGGGAUGUCAUUAACAAGCAACCGGGAAUCACCUAUUGUUUUCUUAAAAUUAGAGAAAUCUAGCGGUUCAGCUAAAGAUGAUUUGCUUCUACUUGAGAAAAUGGCUGACCGUGCUCUGAAGGAAGACUCAUUGUUGGUUGUGAGUUCUAAAAGAUCAUUUCUUGAUAAAUGCCGGUUACCUGUGGGAAUCAAACUCUACGUCUCAGCGGGACAUUCGGAAUCCGAUCUUCUUAAAGCGUCGGAGUCACUGAAGAGACUUGCUUCAGAGCUUCUACUCAAGUCCUGAAACACCGAAACUCUUUUUUCUUCAAGAACAACAACACUGAAGGGAACUCUUUGAACACAUCCGUGUGAGAUAGUAGACAACAGAAUCCGCAGAGUCAGUAGCUUGAAGAUGUUCAUAGCAGAUUCCUAAACUGGUUCUCCACUUUCAGUGAUGGGCUUGUGGUUGAUCUGAAGCUCAAUUGACGAAGGAGGAUUAUCGAAGACAAUGGCUUCUUGUUCUUACAUUUAUUUCAUUUGAUCAUCUGAGUUCUUUUUUUUUUUUUCCUACUCAUACCCUUCAAUGAUCAAGUAGCUUAGUGUUGUUGCCGAAAUUCAAAAACUUUCAAUUUAUGGGAAACAAAAAAGUUCAUGUGCUGACAUCAGCCUCUUAAGGCUUUCUGAGUUUCUUGCGGUAAAAGAAAGUGUUUUUGCCUCUCUCAAAUCUCAAUAGUAUUGACACGUGUCAGUAUAACACUCGUGCAUAAUUGACACGUGUCAGUAUAACACUCGUGGGCGGUAUAAU